UAGCGUUUACAUUUCUCAUAACACAUCCAAAACCCUUUUCCGAAAGGAAAAACCCUUGCCAUACAGAGCCACCCCACCCUACCCUCUCUUCUCCAUCUCUCUCUACUAUAUACAUACAUACAUAUAUAUAUAUAUAUAUAUCUGAAAUAAAAAACCAUGAAACUGUAAUGGCGAUGAUUCAGCUUCAGAGGGGUUUGUGUUCGGCCACCACAACCACAGUUUCUGUUUCUUUCUCGAACUCUUCUACUUCAUCAGCUCUGCAACUCCGCCCCUUCAUGGCUAAGCUGCAGUGCAAUGUAAUAUAUAAAUACCCGGCUACUUGUUUACCAUAUUCAUCUUUUGGGACGAGUGACAGAGGUAGAAAAUCUUCUCUGAUUAGGUUUAAAAAAGUCAAAUUGUCCAGCAUAAUCUCAACCAAUCAGGCGAAAAUUGGACAAAACUUUAAUCUUAUCAGAAGUUGUGGAGAUGGAUCCCAAUGUGCUCUUACCUCAAACUCUCGGUUAGGACUUGGCUUCCUAAGUUCUUUUGGACUUGUGAAUAAUUUUAGUAAUGCAUCCUUUUAUAAGGGUAUUAAUUCAAGCUUACACACUUAUGGAACUCUUACCAAGAGAUUUUUUUCCCAAGUGAAAACCAUGACAAGUAAACUUGACAAUGUGGGUAAACAAGAUGGAAAAAGUGGCAGAAGUACUUUUGGAUUACAAGGGGUUAAUAAACACAGGAAUCGAGCAUUGGCAUUGGCUGCUAAACGCAAAAACAGUGGAACCGGUUCUAGUACCUCCAAAGAUAUUGACUUAGAAGCUUCAAGUGAAGUAUUAGUUGGUGGCAAAAAGGAUAAUACAAACCCGGGAUUGUUUUUUUCAAGUUCACCCAUCAGCAAUAGUAUUGAGACCUCUAAAGUCAGUGGAAAGAAGAAGUCAGGAACCAAGAAAAGUACAGAACAAACGGGGGAUACACUGCUUAAGGAUGGUACAGCGAAAGGAGCCAAAGGUACUUCUCGAGCAAUGAAAUCAGGUAAGAGCAAGACUGGCCAUGAUCAGGCUUCAAAGUUGAAGGAAAGUAAGAAAAGACCCGAGGAAGUGGUCAGGAGUUCUUCAACAAAACUCUCGUCUGAUAAGAAAAGUGGGAACUCUAGUAGAAAGGGGAAACCUGUGAAAGCAGCUAAUAGUUUGCAACAGAAACAAAAAGCACAACAGGUGGGGCAAAUAAAACCUCAGGGACAAAUGAACCUGAAGCAGUUGUACCCCCCAACUGGAAAAUCUGUUGUAGUGGUAGAGUCUGUUACAAAGGCAAAGGUCAUUCAGGGAUAUCUAGGUGACAUGUUUGAAGUUCUGCCCAGUUAUGGUCACGUUCGAGAUUUGGCUGCUAGGUCAGGAUCUGUUCGGCCUGAUGACGAAUUUAGUAUGGUGUGGGAAGUACCUUCUGCAGCCUGGACUCAUCUUAAGAGCAUAAAGGUUGCGCUAAGUGGAGCAGAAAAUCUUAUUCUUGCAUCAGAUCCUGAUCGAGAAGGAGAGGCUAUUGCUUGGCACAUAUUUGAGAUGUUGCAACAACAGGAUGCCUUACGUGAAGAUAUUACUGUAUCACGAGUUGUUUUUCAUGAAAUAACUGAGCCAUCCAUAAAAAAAGCACUGUUGUCUCCAAGAGAAAUUGAUGUAAACUUGGUUCAUGCCUACCUUGCACGGCGAGCUCUUGAUUAUCUGAUUGGAUUUAAUAUUUCACCAUUAUUAUGGCGGAAAUUACCAGGUUGUCAGUCUGCCGGGCGAGUCCAAUCUGCGGCUUUGGGUCUCAUAUGUGACAGAGAAAUGGAAAUAGACCAAUUUAAACCACAGGAGUAUUGGACUGUUAAGAUUGAGUUGAGCAAGAAUGAAUUGAAUUCGGUGGACAAUGCUGUUUCCUUCCCAGCACACUUGACUAAUUAUUAUUCCAAAAAGUUGAAUCAGCUAUCUAUUAGUUCUCUUACAGAGGCAAAAGAGAUUGAAAAUAAGAUCAAUUCAGUUAAUCUCAGGGUGGUCAGGCAUAAAGUAAACCAAAUACGGAAAAACCCUCCAACGCCAUACAUAACAUCAACGCUUCAGCAGGAUGCUGCUAAUAAAUUGCAUUUUUCAUCAACACAUACUAUGAAGCUUGCACAGAAACUUUAUGAGGGGGUUCAGUUGUCUGAUGGCAAAGCAACAGGUCUGAUAACAUAUACUCGGACAGACGGACUCCACAUUUCUGAUGAAGCUGUCAAGGACAUACGCUCAUUGGUAACUGAAAGGUAUGGGAAAGGUUUUGCAUCAGUUGGUGCUCAGAAAUAUUUUAAGAAAGUGAAGAAUGCUCAAGAGGCUCAUGAAGCCAUUAGACCCACUGAUAUUUCAAGACUGCCAUCAACACUUCAAGGAACACUGGACAAAGAUUCCUUGAAGCUGUAUACUCUUAUCUGGUGUCGCACAAUGGCAUGUCAAAUGGAACCUGCUACCAUUAAGCAGAUACAACUUGAUGUUGGAAAUGGCGAUGAAUUCAUUAUUUUUCGAUCUGCAAGCUCAAGGGUUGAGUUCCCUGGAUAUCAAGCAGCCUUCAAGGACAUGGAAGCUGCAGAAGUCAGAUAUAAAGAAAAUGAAGGAAUUGAUCGCAAUGAAAUGUUUGCAACUCUUGAUUCAUUGAAGUCUGGAGAUCCAUUAUAUUUGCUUGAUGUGGAACUCAAGCAGCAUCAUACCCAGCCUCCUUUACGCUACUCUGAGGGGUCAUUGGUUAAGAAAAUGGAGGAGCUUGGGAUAGGAAGGCCUUCAACCUAUGCAUCUACAUUGAAAGUUUUACAGGAUAGAAACUACGUGACAGUGAAAAGCCGUGUUCUACAUCCAGAAUUUCGUGGUCGCAUGGUUUCAGCGUUUCUCAGUCACCAUUUUUCUGAGGUUACCGACUACAGUUUUACUGCUGAUAUGGAGACUGAGCUUGAUAAUGUUUCUGCUGGUUUAACUGAAUGGAAAGGUCUCUUAGGAGACUAUUGGACACGAUUCAGCUCUUAUUGUGAAAGCACAUCCAAUGUUCAUAUCCAUCAGGUGGAGAAGAUGUUGGAGAAAAAAUUUGGGGAAUCCUUGUUUGCUUCUUUACCUGAUAGCAACAGGACAUGUCCAAGCUGUUUUGAGGGCACAUUGGUUUUUAAAGUCAGUCGAUUCGGUGCCGGCUACUUUAUUGGCUGCGAUCAACACCCAAAAUGCAAGUACAUCGCUAAGACAUUAUAUGGGGAAGAUGAUGAUGAGGAGGAAACACCUCAAAACAACCUCGUUAUAGAGGAGCCAAAGUUGCUAGGGCUCAAUCCAGCUUCCAAUGAAAAGAUUCUUUUGAAGAGCGGUCCUUAUGGAUUUUAUGUACAGCUUGGUGAGGAUAGGAAGGGCUUCUUGCCUAAAAGAGCUUCCCUUUCCCAUAUAAAGGACGUUCAAUCUGUUAAACUUGAAGAUGCCCUUGAGUUGCUUCGCUAUCCGGUGACACUGGGUUCCCAUCCAGCCGAUGGACAGCCGGUGGUGUUAAAAUUGGCAAAGGGCGGGCCUGUUGUUAAAUAUAGAAGGAGUUUUGUUACAGUUCCUAAGAAUGUGAAACCAAAUGAAGUCGACCUAGAGAAAGCAUUGAAGUAUUUAAAUGGUCCCGAUGUAAGACAAUCUGGUCGACCUAAGGCCAAAUCGAAGGCUGAAGCAGCCGUUGAGGCCUUGUAGUCAUUCUCGUGAGAUGCACAGGGAGGGAAGCACAAGCUUUUCUGAUCCGUGACCAACUAUUGUCACAAACCCAAGGCAACUCUUGUUUUUUGUUGGUGGUGAGUUGACUAUGCUAUACAAGGGAACCAGUCCACUUUAGAUGCUUGAGAUUCUUUUUCACAGCUAGAAGGGGUACAGGACAAAAACAUUCUUUUGUAAGUUUUUGUAUUUAUUUAUAUAGAUAUCAUUCGCGACAAAAAAAAAUUAUAUAGAUAUCAUUUUGUCUAGGUGGAUUUUUUUCUUUUUACAAUUUAAUUAGCCUUUUCCGGGUGAUGCAAGGCUCAGUUGAGAUUGAUAUUCUCAAAAAAUUUGAGUCAUUGAAGGAAGAUGUUAAUAAAUAUUUCCAUAAGCAAUAAACUGUGAACCAGAACUAGUGUAACAAUAUAUCUAUAAAUAUUUAUAUUAUAUGUAAUACUGAUCUGUGUGGCUGUGAUACUAUUUUUCACUCUUCGACCAAAGAUAGUGAAAUUGCUUAACACUA